AUGCGUCUCACUAAACAGCACGACCAGCUUGCCCCUAAGCCCGGCUAUGUAUACCGCUUUGACUCCACCAUCCCCCUUCAACGAUAUUACUUCGUCAGCAAGCUAGGUCACGGAGUCCAAAGUCAUGCUCAGCUCGUCCAGGACAGAGAGACAGGCCUAAAGGUGGUUCAAAAAGUGGACAGGAAACUAUGUCCCUCCACUCUCGACCACCACGAGCCAGCCGAGAUCAGCGUCCUACGCCGUCUCAUCAGUUCCCACAACCGUCUCGCCAACUUCCAGCCAAGAUGGAUCACCCUUCUUACUUAUGAGCAAGUCGUUGCUUACCAGGAAACCGAAAAAUCAGGUACUCAUUUGAGCUAUCAAGUGAGUUACUGGAAGUUCUGCAACGGUGGAACCCUCUAUGGCUUGGUAAACCCUUACAUCAUGGAACAAAGACCGUGGCUAGCACGCAGUCAAAACGGUACGGCCCCUCAAGCUCCAUUGCCUUAUAAACUUCCCAUUUCCCUAGUUGCGCGCGCUAUCCGUCACAUAUGUGAGACGUUGGAGGUCAUGUACCAAGGAGGCAACGAAGCCGUCUACCACUGCGACCUGCACGCCAGCAACAUCUUCCUUCACUGGACCAAGGAAGACCCUCUCCCGGAGUUUUACAUUGGGGACUUUGGUAUGGCUCGAACCGCAAGCCAGGACUCCAAGAAAUUCGUCCCUAGAAAUGGGAUACCGUUCGAUAGUAACCAGGCAAAGGAAACCAAGCCGCCAGGAACUGCUGCCACAGAGGGGUCUCGUCGUCGUCGUCGAUGGGAUUUCGUCAUGAAUCACGAGUGCAACCUGACCACGUUCUUUAGUUGCAUGUGGAGGAUCGCAGCCACCAGAACGGCAGCGGACACCUGCAUUGGCACAUGCAGUGUUCGAUUACCGGUUCCGCGACCUCAAGCGCCGCAACGGAGAGGUUUGGUGAAGCAGAUCGCUCAGCAGAAGAACCAACCGACGCCGCAGAGGCAUCAUAGACACAACAAAGCGAACGCCGCCCCCAACCCCAGCCCCAAAAUAUGCAAUGGAGGACCUUCUCAGUCCUGCUGGACAUUUGGGCCAAAUCCCGAACGUGGUGGCAUCGCAGGUACAUGUAGUGCAAAAGCCAGCCACGCCCGACUCCUCCUGCUCGAGCUUGUUGAAGAGCUCGAAACCCUGAACGAGUUUGAUCAACUAGAUGCUGUACUCCAUCCGCACCUGCGUCCACCCUCCCUAGCUCGUAUCAUCCAAAUCGCAGGGCAUUUGGAGGAGGAGGCUUUGCAAUGGGAGCAACAUACACGCGCGUUCAAAGAGUUUGUGAAGGAGAAGAAAGAGAAGGCGCUGUUCCAGGAGUUUGAAACUGCCCCGUUUGUGUUUAGGCGCGAUGGGCCGGAGGCGAAGGAGAUACUUAGGAAAGCGUUGAAGCUGCCAAAGAGAAAUCCUUAUGGGGUUUACCGUGGGAAGUUGGAUGAGCCGGAGAGUCUUGAGGAGGUUUGGGGGAGGGAAAAUGUGGCUGGGCCGUGGAGGGUUGUGGAGGUUAGGGGGUAGGAGGUGGAGGAGAAGGUGUGAGUGGCCGGCAAGGGGGGGAAAGAUGUCGU